AUGGAGUAUUAUUGCGAAUUGCAUCAGCUAGUGACGUUCUCAACUCAAGAUAAUUUUGAUGUCUAUUUUUCUUCUGCAUGCUUUCUGAUUCAACUUUCGGUGUUUUUGACACGUUGGAGUUUGAUAAUUUAAAGCGAUCGCUUUCGUAAGAAAUUAUUUGACCUGGUGAGUUGAUUAUAGUGCUAUCAGAAUUUUCAACUCCUAAAAUCCACCAUGGUGGAACUAAAAAAUAUAAAAGUUACAUGCACUAAAAGUGUGUCAUCUCUUCCUAUUCUUAUUACAUUUGAACUCACACCUUCAGGAGCGACUAGCAUUGAGUACGGUAAUGUGAUAGGAUUAGAAAUCCAUCGAAAACCAUCUACAGAGUUGAUAAAUUUUACAUCUGUGAAUUCGAUCUGUCGAUUUCUGGCACGACAGUUUGCUCCUUCUCUUUAUGGCAGUACUAUAUUGGAAAAAACUGAAAUUGACCAUUGGCUAGAAACUUGUAGUCGAAAAUAUUCUGUCAAUGAAUUCAAAGAUUGUGUACAAAAGCUGGAUUGCUCGUUAGUAAUGGUAACUUUUCUAGUAGGAGAUGCUAUUACCUUAGCCGAUAUCUGUGUUGCUAGUACUUUGUUUAGCAAUAAGCAGUUUCAUAGCAUGAUCGCUGAUAAUACUCUACCAUCAAAUGUAAAGAGAUGGUUUUCAUAUUUAAGUGAACAGCCUGCCUUUCAGAAGUAUUUCAAAAUGUUUCCGAUGACUUCUGUCACUAAUGCUAAAGAAAAGACUGAAGAUAAAGGUAAAUUCGUUGACUUGCCAGGCGCUGAAAUGGGCAAAGUUGUGGUACGAUUCCCACCAGAAGCAAGUGGUUUCUUGCAUAUUGGUCAUGCCAAAGCUGCACUUCUAAAUGCUCACUAUCAAACAAUGUUCAAUGGAAAGUUAGUGUUUAGAUUUGAUGACACUAAUCCAGAGAAAGAGAAGGAAGAUUUCGAAAAAGUAAUUUUGGAGGAUGUUGCAUUACUUCAAGUCAAACCAGACUUCUUUACUUAUACAUCAGACCACUUUGAUGAUAUCUUAGGAAAAUGUGAAUCCUUAAUUAAAAAUGGCAUGGCCUAUGUUGAUGAUACAGAUCCAGAGACUAUGAAAAAUGAACGUGAACAAAGAAUGGAAUCCAAAAAUAGAAAUAAUGAUGUUGCCAAAAAUUGGAGCAUGUGGGAAGAAAUGAAAAAAGGUACAGCUUUUGGGAAAACUUGUUGUGUUAGAGCUAAAAUUGAUAUGAAAUCUGAUAAUGGAUGUUUACGAGAUCCUACUAUUUAUCGUUGUAAAGAUAUGCCUCACCCAAAAACGGGCAACAAAUAUAAAGUUUACCCAACCUAUGAUUUUGCCUGUCCAAUUGUUGACAGUAAAGAAGGCGUAACUCAUGCCUUGAGAACUACCGAAUAUCAUGAUCGGGAUGAACAAUUUUUUUGGUUUAUUGAUGCUUUGAAGUUGAGAAAAUUGCAUAUCUAUGAAUAUUCUAGGUUAAAUAUGACAAAUACUGUUUUGUCUAAAAGAAAACUUACCUGGUUUGUCAAUGAAGGAUAUGUUGAUGGUUGGGAUGAUCCCAGAAUGCCAACUGUCCGUGGUGUUCUACGAAGAGGAAUGACAGUAGAAGGUUUGAAGCAAUUUAUCGUUGCUCAAGGCUCUUCACGUUCUGUAGUAGUGAUGGAAUGGGACAAGAUCUGGGCUUUUAACAAGAAAGUCAUUGAUCCAAUAUCUCCUCGCUACAAUGCUGUUGAGGUAAAUGCUGUGUCUGUUAUUGUUGAAAAUGCUGUUUAUCAAGAAUUGCAGGUUGCUAAACAUCCAAAAAACCCUGAACUGGGUACAAAAACUAUCUUUGUUGGACCUAAACUUAAGAUUGAUAGGUUUGAUGCAGAAGCUAUGAAAAUUGGAGAAAACGUCACCUUCAUUAACUGGGGGAAUCUUCUAAUUAAACGUAUAGAAAAGAGCUCUACUGGAGCUAUUAAUCUGGUUGUUACUGAGUUGAAUCUUGAAAAUAAAGACUAUAAAAAGACUCUUAAAGUUACGUGGGUUGUUGAUACUGAAAAUAUUCCUUUGACCCCAUGUAUGUGUGUUUAUUUUAAUCAUCUUAUCACUAAACCAGUUUUAGGUAAAGAUGAUGAUUUUAAAAAAUAUUUAAAUGACAGUACUAAGCUAGUUGUACAUAUGCUCGGUGAUCCUGAUCUUGCAAAAUUAAAAAAGGGCGAUAUAAUUCAAAUUCAGAGAAAGGGUUUCUUUAUAUGUGAUGAAACAUAUGAUCCUGAUACUUUGAGACAUGUAAGUGUUGCUAAGCCUGUAGUAUUGUUCUCGAUUCCAGAUGGAACCAAGGAUACUUCAUCCCUGCCCAGUCUAGUAAAACGUUUAUGGUACAAAGAGGAAAGUGAGAAAGAAAAGAUAAUUAGUAUGAAAGGAAAGGAUUUUGAACGAUCACCUCAAGACGAAGGGAAAGGUAUUAUACAAACUGGUGUUGAAUUGCUGAGUAAAAUAAAAGAGCAGGGUGAUAAAGUUAGAAAAAUCAAAAGUGAUGGAGCUAGUAAAGAGACCAUUGGUGCUGAAGUCAAAAUAUUGAUGAAGUUAAAGGAAGAUUUUAAAAAUUGCAUGGGCAUGGAGUGGAAGCCUGAUAUUAAAUUGGAAAACCCAGUAAGUGGCAAUACAGUCUUGAAAUCUAACAGUAGUUGUACAAACUCUGUAUUUGAACUUGAUCAACAAAUCAGAGAUCAGGGUGAUCUUGUAAGAAAGCUAAAAAGCCAAAAGGCAGAUAAAGCAGCAAUUGACACUGAGGUAAAAAAACUUUUAAAACUGAAAACAGAUUUUAAGGCUUGUUCUAAUAUUGAUUGGAAACCUGAUUUGAAGCUUGAUGCUGGUGAUAGUAACACAAAUGUUAGCUGCAAUUCAUCUGGAAAUGCAGACAUUAUAAGUAUUGACCAGCAAAUAAAAGAUCAAGGCAAUCUUGUUAGAAAACUAAAAAGUGAAAAAGCUGACAAAGCUGUGAUUGAUACUGCGGUAAAGAAACUUUUAAAAUUAAAAGAAGAAUUUAAAGCAUGCUCAAAACUGGAUUGGAAGCCUGAUUUAAAGCUUGGUGUUACUGACUGUAACACUAGUACUGGCUGUGGUUCGUCAACCGGGGCUGAUGAUGUUUUAGAGCUGGAUAAACAAAUAAGAGCGCAAGGAGAUGUUGUGAGGAAACUUAAAAUUGAAAAGGCUGAUAAGUCGAUUAUUGACACUGAAGUUAAAAAACUUCUAAAAUUCAAGGAAGACUUCAAGAAAGUUUCUAAUAUGGAUUGGAAGCCUGAUGUAAAAUUGGAUGCUUUAAAUAGUAAAUCAUGUAAAGAAGGUAAUGAUUUAGGUAAACCCUCAUGUGAUGCUUCAAAUCUUGAUCAACAAAUAAGAUCUCAAGGUGAUCUGGUAAGAAAGCUGAAAACUGAAAAGGCUGAAAAAUCUGUUAUAGAUACUGAAGUUAAAAAGUUGUUAAAACUAAAAGAAGAAUUUAAAGCUGUUACUAAUAGUGAUUGGAAGCCAGAUCAAAAACCAAAUAAUCCAUUGAAGGAGUCCACUGUAGAGAAGCAAAAGAAACAAAAUCAGAAAAAUAAUCCAGCACCUAAGAAAAUUGAAAGUAAAGAGGAAGCUGAUGGUGGUUUAAAGAAAGUUACUAGACUUGGAUUAGAAGUAAAAAAAGAAGACAAUUUAGCUGAUUGGUAUUCUCAAGUUUUGACAAAAUCAGAAAUGAUUGAAUAUUAUGAUGUUAGUGGUUGUUAUGUACUUCGUCCAUGGGCAUAUAGCAUAUGGGAAGCAAUUCAAAAGUUUUUUGAUGCUGCUAUCAAGGCAAUGGGUGUUACUAAUUGCUAUUUUCCAAUGUUUGUAUCUUCGAAUGUAUUGGAAAAAGAAAAAACUCACAUUGCAGAUUUUGCUCCAGAAGUUGCUUGGGUUACAAAAUCUGGUUCAUCUGAUUUAGAAAAACCAAUUGCCAUCAGGCCUACUAGUGAAACAGUAAUGUACCCAUCUUUUGCUAGAUGGAUUAGAUCUCAUAGAGAUCUUCCAUUGCAAGUAAAUCAGUGGUGUAAUGUCGUAAGAUGGGAAUUUUCAAAUCCUCAACCAUUUAUUCGUACUAGAGAAUUCCUAUGGCAAGAAGGUCAUACUGCUUUCGCAUCUCAAAAUGAAGCAGAGAAAGAAGUACUUGAUAUUUUGGAGCUUUAUACUAAAGUGUAUGAACAUCUGUUAGCAGUGCCAGUCAUCCAAGGUCGUAAAACAGAGAAAGAAAAAUUUGCAGGAGCUGAUUUUACAACAACUGUUGAAUGUUAUAUAGCUGCUAGUGGUAGAGGUCUUCAAGGAGGUACAUCACAUCAUUUAGGACAGAAUUUCUCAAAAAUGUUUGAAAUAAUGUAUGAGGACCCUGAGACCAAUGAAAAGAAAUUUGUUUACCAGAAUUCCUGGGGACUGAGUACCCGUGCUAUUGGUGCUAUGGUAAUGAUUCAUGCAGAUAACACUGGACUGGUGUUGCCUCCUCGUGUAGCUCUUCAUCAGGUUGUUAUAGUCCCAUGUGGAAUUACUGCUUCUUUAUCUCAGGCCAACAAGGAUACAUUAUUAGCCAAAUGUAAAGAGUUCAUGGCAACGUUGCAAACAGCCGGCAUAGCAGUUAAAGGUGAUUUUAGAGACAAUUAUUCCCCGGGAUGGAAGUUCAAUGACUGGGAAUUGAAAGGUGUACCAAUCAGAGUUGAAAUAGGACCAAAGGACCUGGCUAAACAACAGUUUGUGGCAGUGAGGCGAGAUACAGGGGAAAAGAUAACUCUCAAAAUGGAUUCUGCUCCUCAUUCAGUUAAAGAACUUUUGGAUAAUAUUCACGAUUGUAUGUUUGCCAAAGCUAAAAAAGAAAUGGAUGAGCAUGUUGUUGUAACCUACGAUUUUAAUGAUUUGUGUAAAAAAUUGAAUCAGAAAUGUAUUAUCAUGGCACCUUUUUGUGGUGAUAAAGAGUGUGAAGGUAGCAUUAAAAAAGAAAGUGCUGCUAAAUCUGCAGCAGAAAUUGAUGAUCCUAGAGCUCCAUCAAUGGGUGCUAAAAGCUUGUGUAUACCAUUUAAGCAGCCAGCCAAAUUAGAACCUAAAACAAAAUGCAUAAAUCCCUGUUGUAAUAGAAAACCAAUUAAUUUUACAUUAUUUGGUAGAAGUUAUUAAGUUAAUUGUUAAUUUAAAUGUCAGAAUUAAGAACUAUUAAAUUAUUUGUAAGAAAUAAAAAGACAUACAUUCAUUAAUACAUCUGUUGGGUUUUCAUGCUUUUUUUUUAUAUAAAUUUUUGCGUUGGUUAGUGUGUGACAAUACAUUUUCUGUUUUUUUAUGUGUAGUUUAAAAAUUUUCAGGAGUCUUAAAUAUAUUAAUAAAUGUAUUAUUUGAUUGCAUUAAAGUAACUAUUGAGUUUGAUUAUUGAAACUUUUAUUUAAAAACUGAAAUUUAUAUUGAAUCUUGUGCCAUAAUUAAAUUGUGUUGAAAUAUAUAUGUCCAUUGUUAUUUUUAAAUUUUACAUGCUAAAUUAUAUUUGAAUUUUGCACUUAGUUCAAAAUAUUUUUAAUAAGUAAAUAUUAUUUUAAAUUAUCCUGAGAGUUUAUAUUUUUAUAAUUUUAAAUUCUUUUGACCAUUUUUAAAAAUUUCUGAUUGUAAUAUAAUGGGCUAUAAAAACAUUGUAUCUGUCUUUUUAAAGUAAAAUAUUUCAGUUAUUUAUUAUUUUUUUUUGUAAUGCUAUAGAUUGUUUUUUGUUUAGAGCAUUAUGUUUCUUUUAAAAGAUAUUUAUAAAGUUACAUAACAUUUGUUUUUAAUGUUUAAAAAUAAAUGAAAACUUUGAAUAAAACCUAAUUUCUCUCAUA